AAAUCAAUAUGGCUACCUGAGAAAUCUGAGAGCCUGAAAUUUCGUGUUAUAGGUGCGGUUGUAAUUAAUAAAAAUACGAAUAAAAUAUCUGUUAUUCUAAUUUAUAGUUAUUAAUAGUAUUGUGAUCGUUAAUGACUCUUUAAUAUACAAGGAUACAAAAGCGUGAAACUUAUUUUUCAUGUAUAAAAAAUUCAUUACAUUGUUUAACUAUCAACACAGCAGCUGACAAUUGUUUAUCCACAGUAGUAAAUAAAUAAUGCCCAAAAUUAGUACAAAUAUUGAUAUAGAGAACAAUAAGUCCCUUUAAUUAAUACACAAAGCAAGGAAUUAGUCACAAUUAUUUUCAUAUAGUAAAGUCAUGACAGCUAUACAGAAUUUGCAAAACCAUGGAUGGUAUUUAUCAGAACGUGGUUACAAUCUUGCGAGCAAUAAUGGCAAUACAGUGGAAAUUCAGCAAAUAAUCAAACGAGCAGCUGAGCUCGAUUUAAAAGAAAUUGGAAGUGGUGAUGGAGAUAUUAACCAAGGAAAUGUAGUGCUACAAAUUCAAAAACUACGAAAUGUUGCUGCUCCAAAAAAUAAUGAAGAAUCUCGUGCAGCUCCUCGCAUGCUAAAAUUGUCUUUAACUGACGGUAGAAAUAAUUUUCAAGCCAUUGAGAUUGAGUACAUUGCUUCAUUAAGUCUUAAUACACCUCCCGGUACGAAAUUAUUAAUAAAAUCGGGAGAUUUGUCCACAACUCAUGGUAUUAUUUUAUUGCGUCCUUUAAAUGUUGGAUACGUUUAUGAAGGAAAAGUGGCGAACCUCGUGGAAAAGUGGGAACUAAAUAAAAAACUUGCUGUACAUUCGAGAGUAAGAUCCGCGGACGAUGGAGGUCCUCCACCAUGGAUUCCGUUUGGAAAGAAAAUUAUGAAAGUUAUAGAUCAGGGAAAGAAUUUCAAAGCUUUAGCUGAUAAAGAAAAGAGCACAAAAGAAAAUACAGAAUUUGAGGCUCAACGUAAAGACGCAAUCGCUGAAGCCGCCAAGCAAGGGAAUAAAAAAAUAUUUGGCGGAGGCAAUCAGCAGCUUUUGGAUCAUGGAGUGCAAAAAAUUGUCGAUCAAGGUUUUUCUAUCGAACAAGCUGAAUUUGCCUUGAGGGUAAAUAGAAACAAUCUCGACAGAGCUUUGAAAUCUUUGCAGAAAAAUGAAAAUAAGUCCAGCAACACUCGAGAACCUCGCGAACCGAAGGGCAAACGUUUCGAAAAGAAAAUCGAAGAGGCUGGAAAACCAAGUAGCGGAAAAGUCUCUUUAUUCGAUUUUCUAGAGGAUAAACUUCAAGCUCAAUCGGAAGUGGCCGAAGCAAAUUAUUCACAGCAGACAAAUGAUUUCGCUGUUAAAGAAAAAGUCGAAUAUGAUUCCAGAGGAAGUGAUCAUCACAAUUCAACGCGAGGUGGAAGAGGUCAAAGAUUUGGAAAAGGGCAACAACACACACCAAGGCAUUUUGAUGAAGCAAAAAGCAAUAAAUGGUCCAACAGUAAUUCCUUCAAUCCUCAAGUCUCUCACUACAAUUUGAAUGGUGGUAUUCCACAAAAUAAACCUCCACGAUUUCAAAGAAAUCCCGAAACACAAAAUUAUUUCCCAACUGACAACAAUCCACGAGAAUAUAAAGGAAAUUACAAUAAAUAUCAAUCCGACACGAGAAAUUCAUUCGCAGGAUCACGUUUUGAGGGAGGAAAUUAUAAAAGCGGACCAUCGGGAAAUUACAAUAAAUUCCAGCAAGAUCAGCGAAAAAUGGAGAAUACGAGAAAUCAAUAUCAAUCUGACAAUGAUUCAAAGAAUAAGCAUUUCGAUCCACCUCAAAAUCGAUAUAAUCGUGCUCUAGAUACAAAUCGAAAGGAAUUUUCGUCCAAUGAAAAUGACAGAAACACGAGGAAUUAUACGCUUAAAUCCAACACACCCGAUAAUACUUAUGGUUAUUAUAAUGUACAUAAUCAGAAAAACGGGAGUAUUGUCAAUAGCGAGCAGAAUCAAAGUACGUCAAGUGGACCUUUUGCUUGGAAGAAAGGAGAUAUGUGCUUUGCUAAAUAUUGGGAAGACAAUAUAUAUUACCAUGCAGAAGUAACCGAUUUAUCCAAAACAACAUGCGUGGUUCGAUUCCGAGAUUUUGAUAAUUACGAAGAAGUAUUACAAACGGAUUGCUUUCCUGUCACAGAAGAUGCAAAGAGCCGAACAAAUCAGCGACCACCACAUGAGAGUAGAAAACAGGAUUAUCGUUUUGAUAAUCGACCACCGCGACAGGAACAAAAUGAACGUUUUAAUGUUGGAAUGGAAUUUAGAAGAGGUGGAGGUGGAGCUGGUAUCAAAGGAGGUUAUAGAAAAAAGGGACAACAGCGUAGUACACAACCGAUUUAUCAACCACCAGCUCAACGUGCUCCUGCACUUCCUCAAAAUACAUAGAAUCAUUUAUAAUUUCUUCGAAUUGAAAAAGAAUUGUUAAGUACAAGGCAGUUUAUUUAUAAUUAAUUAAUUACUCAUAGUGGCUGGCCCGUUAUUGUACCAAGACUGACCAUUCAAACGCUUUUGACUUGAAAUUUAGAAGACUAUAGUAGCUUUCAUUAUAAUAAAAUUAAAACUAGGAAAAACAAGAAACUAAAUGAAAAUUCUCUUGUUACUAGGAAAACUUAAUAAUUCAAGUCAGCGUCAGAAAUUAAAUAGUUGUUUGUUAUUAAUACAAAAAAUGAUGACAACAUUAAAAUAAUUCUAAACUAGUACGAUUUUCUCUGUUACUAAAAAAAGUGCAUUGUCUCUCUAUCUUAUCUACCGUUUUAGUGUAAUAAUAAACUUUGUAAUAUUUAAAAA